AUGCCAUCAGAUCAUAUGAGUGAAAAGAAGGCUACAAAGUCAAGCCAAGUGGGUGCACCACCGCCGGAGCCAGAGCACCUCCCUUGCCCACGCUGCGACUCCACCAACACUAAGUUUUGCUACUACAACAACUACAACUCCUCGCAGCCCCGUCACUUCUGCAAGUCCUGCCGCCGCUACUGGACCCACGGUGGCACCCUCCGUGACAUUCCAGUUGGCGGUGGCAGCCGGAAGAAUGCUAAACGUUCACGCACCACCAUUGUCACCAGUAACAACACUGCUUCCACCGGCUUAGAUUCCGUUUCCUCUGUUUAUCAUGACUUCCACCACUUGCCCGCCCCCAGUUCUCAGCUUCUGAUCCCCUUCGCCGCCGAUCACUGCGGUGCCGUGCCGUUUGUUACUGAUGCUAAGCCCAUGUGUGGAAGUUUCACCUCAUUGUUAAAUACUCAGGGCACUGGGCUUCUGUCAUUAGGUGGCUUUGGGCAUGGAAUUGGGUCUGGGCUCGAGGAUGUCGGAGUUGGGCUUGGAAGAGCAUUCUGGCCCUUUCCUGGGGCUGUAGAAGGUGGGCUCACUAGUGGCAGUGUUGGAAUGGUCAGUAACACGUGGCAGCUUGAGAGUGGAGAGAAUGGGUUUGUUAGUGGUGGGGAUUGUUUUAACUUGCCAGAUCUAGCUAUUUCCACACCAGGGAAUGGCAUGAAAUGGUAG